GUCGAGGACUCUCCUGGUCGCUCGUCGUCGUCGGGCCGUGCUCCCACUCGCAUGACUCCCAACGGCCGCGUUCCUCAUGUCGGACGUCGAGGACUCGGCCGAGAAACGGCUGAAAAUCGUGCUCGUGGGCGACUCCGGCGCCGGCAAAACCAGCAUCGUCCAGAAGUUUUGCAACAACGAUUUCGCCCGACAGUACGUCCCCACCGCGGGCAUCGAUUUCUUCCUCAAAAACUUGAGCAUCGGCUGCUACAAGAAUGUCAAUCUGCAUCUGUGGGACGUUGGCGGGCUCGCCCUGCACGGCAACAUGCUGGACAAAUAUGUCUUCGGCGCCCAUAUUAUUCUUUUGGUGUACGACGUCACCAACAGCUCAAGCUUCGAGAUCUUGGAGGAGUGGCUCAGCCAGAUUAGGAAUUUCAUCGACACUUAUGACGAGCCGCCUCUAAUGGCGGUGGUGGGUAACAAGUGUGAUAUGGAGCACCAAAGAACGGUCAAACGCGAUAGAUCGCAUCGAUUCGCCGCGGAGAAUGGGUUCCCGUACCACGAUAUGUCCGCGAGAACCGGAGAAUCGGUAUCAUUGUGCAUCGCUAGUCUGGCGGCGCAAGUCUUGGGUGUUCGGCUGACGAGAACGGAUCAAGACUUCCACAAACCCAUCAUUAUCGCCGAGAUCGGAGACACUGUAGACAUAAGCUCGAUACACAAAGUUAUCAAGAGGAUCCCCAACAGGAAACAACAUCCGAUCACCUUCAAUCCCCGUUUUCCAUCCUCGAAAUCCGCGGUGUGUACGUUGCAGUGAGGUCAUCGUCGUGCAUCUUAAAUUCAUCUCGCAUAAAUCUCCUCGAAAGAAGAAAUUAGGAUCUAAGGAGAAUAUAAUAGCUGUUGAACCAAGAGCCGCUCAAUCUCGGCGCAGGUCGAAGAACUGACCUAUGGUUGGAAACAAUUAUCGCUUUCGGUAAUACAAGUGAUUUGUCUGCUUAAUGUUGAUUGCAUGCGGCGCGUGCAUAAACAAAGAAUUAUCUUAUUAUUUCGCUUUAUAAUAUGUGAAUAUUAGUUAUAUACACGGAAAAAACAAUUCUGUUGGUGCAACCGAAUUUUCGGUUGCUCAGGGAUCAGAUGAAAACUCGGCUGUAGGCACGAGAAAAAUUCC